GCUCAAGCCCUCUUUAGAACCGAUUGGCUCUAAUGGGGGUGAGAGCCGCCGCAGCCUGGGCUCGAACGCGUGCGUCCGCCACGCGCGCGUGGGCCUCCUCUUCGGGGCGCGGCGGAGGCCUCGCCGCCUCAGGUGGUGGUGGGGCCGCGGGGUGGGAAGAGGGCACGCCGUUAGCGGUGGCGCGCGGCGAAAAAUCCGCUAUUUUAGCGGUGCCCUUGGGCCGCCUUCCCCCCCUAACCUCCGAUGGGCCUCCUCGGUACCACCGGUGCGCGGACACGUCCGUGGCGGCCGUCCAGAAGCAGGGCUACAUCGGCGGGAAGUUCAGCUUCGACGUGAUCGCGAACAACCUGGGCACCAGCCUCAGGAGUGGAAUUCAAGAGCUCGGACAUGGGUGCCUGCUGACCGUCUGCGACGUCUCCAACAAUGUCUUUACUUUGGAGAGCAGGGAGGCGAACAGCGGCCAGGACGCAGAGGGCAACGGGUACGGCACCGACAGCGUGGUAGUGCUGGCCGAGUUCUGCAAGCACGUGGGGGGUCAUGGUCGGUGGCGCGCCGACUUCUUCUCCUACGUCUUCUUUUUGCUCACCUUCGUGUUCUACCCCAGGUGGUACCGUCUCCUUCGCGUUCCUCAAGGUAUCUCGGUUGGCAAGAUGCUCGAUCCUGUCUUUUGGUGUUCGCCAAUUUGGACAUGCGGGACAUGCCGUGGCAGGUGUGCAGCCUCUGUAGCCCCAGUUCGAGUACAACGAGGACCCGUCUGGAGUGGCCCUAUUGCGGGAAGGCCCACGUGGGUGUGCAUGAUUGGUGUUUAGCUUGGGACGGUGCGUGUAUGGAUGUGGAGUUGGAAGGUUGGCGGUGCUGGCCUGGCUCACCCUCUGCUGCUGCGGUGGGACCUCGCGCUCUUCCUUGUCCUCGGCUAGCUUUGAGCCGCCUUUUGGGGCUCCUCUGUCACUAGAGGGCCCCGCCCCCUAUGAGCACUCCAGGAGGAGAAAGAGAAGGAGAUCUGAUGAUAGAAACCGCAGGAGACAUUGGCUUCUUCGCUUUGCGCCGCACCUGCCUUCAGAGAGGGACUGUGGCACGAUUCAUCUGUUCAGGCCCUUUUCCGCAGGGCGACUGUGCAUAUGCGGACGGCCGGUCUUUGACGAACGCGCCAAAAGCGCAGCGGUUCUCGAGCCGAUCCGAAGGUGUCCCAGUGGCUGUUCGGGCACGAAAA